UCUGGAUUUGAGGUUUAUUUUGCUCUGAGCACCUGCACCGGUUCACAAACACACCAUCGAAAUGCUACGAAGAUUCAUUACACACCCUUCAUUAGCAAAACGAUGUCGUUGCCUCAUCUCCCCACAACCCUCCGCUGCCGGCGCCGCCUCGUUCCGUCGAUGUUCCUUUUCCUCGUCUCAAGUUCCGGUCGAACCACCGCCGGAGGCUCAGUUUUCCGAUGAUUACAGCUCCCAACCGUCAGCCAGGAUAUCUGUAGAUCGGUCUGGAUUGAACAAUCCUACUGAGCAUUCUCAUGAAGCUUCUGCUGAUUCUGAGCUUGUUAAGCAUCUUAAAAGCGUAAUUAAGUUUAGAGGUGGUCCGAUAUCGGUUGCCGAGUACAUGGAGGAAGUAUUGAUAAAUCCCAAGGCUGGGUUUUAUAUAAAUCGGGAUGUGUUUGGUGCAGAAGGCGACUUUAUAACCUCUCCUGAAGUAAGCCAAAUGUUUGGAGAGAUGAUUGGUGUUUGGGCAAUGUGUUUGUGGGAGCAAAUGGGCCAACCGGAUAGAGUCAAUCUAGUUGAGCUUGGGCCCGGAAGAGGAACGCUCAUGGCUGAUCUUCUACGAGGUGCUUCAAAGUUUGAGAAGUUUACACAAUCCAUAAACAUACACAUGGUUGAAGUCAGUCCCGCGCUAAAGAAAAUCCAAAAGAUGACGUUGAAAUGCAAUAAUGAAGAUGAUGCUGAUGAAAAUACUGCUACCACUUUGACUGGAAUACCCGUCUCAUGGCACUCGACCCUAGAGGAGGUUCCAACCGGAUUGCCAACAAUUAUUAUCGCCCAUGAAUUUUUCGAUGCGUUACCAGUUCAUCAGUUUCAGAAAGCUUCCCGUGGCUGGUGUGAAAAAAUGAUUGAUGUUGGAGAAGAUUCAAAGUUCCGUGUUGUGCUCUCACCUCAACCUACACCAGCAACGCUUUAUCUUCUAAAACGUUGCAAGUGGGCCCAGACUCAAGAAUUGUCCAAACUCGAACAUGUUGAGGUUUGCCCCAAAGCAAUUGAUUUGACACAAACCAUAGCCAAGAGAAUAAGCAGUGACGGUGGUGGAGCGCUUAUAAUCGAUUAUGGCUUGGACUCGAUAGUCUCCGACAGUCUUCAGGCAAUUCGAAAACAUAAGUUUGUUAAUGUUCUGGAUGAUCCGGGUUCUGCGGAUCUAAGUGCAUACGUUGACUUUCCUGCAAUCAAACACUCUGCUGAAGAAGUUUCAGAAGACGUGUGUGUGUACGGACCCAUCACUCAGUCCCAGUUUCUUGGUAAUCUUGGGAUAAAUUUCCGGGUGGAAGCGUUGCUGCAAAACUGCACAGACGAGCAAGCAGAGUCGCUGAGAACAGGGUACUGGCAGUUGGUGGGGGACGGUGAAGCCCCUUUUUGGGAAGGCCCGGAUGAGCUGACGCCCAUUGGGAUGGGUAGUCGGUAUUUGGCAAUGGCCAUUGUUAACAAGAAGCAGGGUACCCCUGUUCCGUUCCAUUAGCAUACAUUAUCUUUUUGUUAAAGGAAAAUUAAUCAUGUCAUUUGUUUUGAGUCCAAUAAGUAUCACAUUUUUUUGACUUCAUUUAUCAUGUGAAUGUGUCUCCCCAACCUAGUUGAGCUUU